ACCUAAGUUGCUGAGGGCAGAAAGAGAGCUGAAAAACUAGUUGGGAAGUGUCUAUUGAUAUAUUUACUCGUCCAAGUUCUAACCAGGCUACAAUAUGGCCGCUUCUUCUUCUUGCUCUGAUAGCAUCCCUCAGGAGAAGCAUGAUGUUUUUCUUAGUUUCAGAGGCGAGGACACCCGGAAUAAUUUCACCAGCCAUCUUUAUGAGGCUUUAUGUCGGAAAAAAAUCCAAACUUACAUAGAUUACAAACUGGAGAGAGGGGAUGAAAUCUCACCUGCCCUUUUCAAAGCAAUUGAAGAAUCGAAGCUUUCGGUGAUCAUUUUCUCCCAAAACUAUGCUUCUUCUGGAUGGUGCUUGGAAGAACUUGUGCACAUACUCAAAUGCAGAGAUGACCAGUUUGUUAUACCCAUCUUCUACGGGGUAGAUCCAUCAGCCGUACGCAAACAAUUUGGGAGUUAUGCAGAUGCAUUUGUUGAACAUGAGAAACGUUUCAAGGACUCAAUGGACAAGGUGCUCAGGUGGAGAAAGGCUUUGACAACAGCAGCCAAUAUAUCUGGGUUUGAUUCCCAAACAAUUAGGCCGGAGUCUGAUUUAGUUAAGAUUGUGGUCAAUGACAUUUUGGCGAAAUUGAAUCUCAAAUCGGAAAUGGCAAGUGGUUUAGAGGGCCUGGUUGGAAUCGAAAAACACGUCCGACAAGUUGAAUCGUUAUUAUGCCUUGACUCACAGGAUGUCCGGACCGUAGGUAUUUGGGGUAUGGGUGGUAUCGGUAAGACCACUAUUGCUGAUGUUGUAUUUCACCUUCUCUCUUCUCAAUUCGAAGCUUGCUGCUUUAUUGCAAAUGUUAGGGAAGCAUCAGAGACGAGACAUGGACUAAAUGAUUUGCGAAAUCAACUGCUUCGUACAGUACUUAAGGAAGACAAUCUAUAUGUGGCCGCUCCAUCUAUUGGAUCAAUGUUUGCAAGACAGAGGCUUUGCUGUACAAAGGCCCUCGUUGUUCUUGAUGAUGUGAGUGAUUUAGGCCAAGUAAAAUUUUUGGUUGGAGGUGAUCGUAUCCUGUUUGGCCCUGGAAAUAGAAUCAUUGUGACAGCUAGAGAUAAGCGCAUGCUUGGUGUUGACGAUGAUAAGAUAUAUAAGGUUAACUUACUAGAUUGUGAUGAAGCUCUUGAGCUCUUUCAUUUGAGAGCUUUAACAAAUCUCUCCCCCCCAACGGAUUAUACAACUUUGUCAAGAGAGGUGGUAGAUUAUGCUGGGGGUAAUCCAUUGGCUCUUACAAUCUUGGGCUCCGUAAUAUUCUGUCAUUGCGAGAGCAAAAAGGACUGGGAAGAUGAAUUAGAUAGAUUGAAAAAAUUUCCAAACAAAAGAAUCCAGAAUGUAUUGAGGUUCAGUUAUGAUGGAUUAGAAGAAAAUGAGAGGGAGAUAUUUCUCGAUAUCGCCUGUUAUCACAAAGGGAAGUAUAUUAAUGAGGCAAAAAGAAUUUUAGAUGCCAGUGGUUUUUGUGCCAAUGCAGGAGUAAAAAUUCUCGUUGAUAUGUCUCUCAUAUCCGUGGGUAAAUGUUCAACACUUGAGAUGCAUGAUUUGAUACAAGAAAUGGGUCGGGAAAUUGUUCGUGAUGAAUGUGUUAAAAAUCCUGGAAAACGCAGUAGAUUGUGGCUUGCAAAUGAUGUUCGUCAUGUACUGACAAAUAACACGGUAAGAGCCGAAUACACUCUAUUGAAAGAGAAAAGACCAAGCAAAAUCUCAGCUACUGUUGCUGUUAAUGAGAAGCUUGAUUGCUGGCAAUCUGGAGUAGGAAGCAAGUCUACUGUGUGCUCAUAUAUAUUUUGCCAUUGGUUUCAGGGUACUGAAGACAUUGAGUGCAUGGCCAUGAAUAUGGAUCUCAUUAAAGAUUUAUAUGUGAAUGUUGCAUCCUUCGAAAAGAUGCAUAAGCUAAGAUUACUAGAUCUAUACUCACACCCGUACACCAGGGGUGUCAACAACUUGGACCUUCCUCCGAUGCAUAAGCUAAGAUUACUAGAUCUAUACUCACACUCGUACACCAGGGGUGUCAACAAAUUGCACCUUCCUCCAGGUUUCGUGUUUCUCCCUGAGGCCCUUAAAUAUCUGAGGUGGGAUUUCUAUCCUUUGACAUCCCUGCCAUCGAGGUUUUCUUCAGAAAAUCUUGUCGAGCUUCAUAUGCCCGACAGCCGACUUGAGCAACUUUGGAAUAAAGGCGUGCAGAUCAAUCUUGGGAGCAUAAAACGUAUCGAUCUUAGUUACUCCGAGCACCUGGCUGAUGUUUCAGCUCUGAUUGAGAGUCCAAAUCUCGAGAGAAUUCGCCUUGGGGGUUGUAAAAGUUUGGUUCAACUUCCUUCACCGUUUCAGAAUCUUGCCAAGCUUACUUCUCUUAAUCUGAAUCGUUGCUCCAAUCUCAAAAUUCUCCCAGAGAUGCCAGGCAAUCUGGAACUCUUAGUGUUGUAUCAGACUGCAAUAGAAGAAUUGCCUUCAUCAAUUUGGUCUCUCGAGAAGCUUCAGUUUUUGGGUCUUGCAAUAUGUGAAGAGCUUAAGAAUCUUCCAAGCAGCACUUGUAGGUUAUAUUCGCUCCCAGAUCUUCAUCUAUAUCGCUGCCGCUCUCUUGAGUCUUUGCCUGUCGAGCUACCUUCUGAGCUGAAGGAAUUGUACUUGAGCGAUUGUGAGAGUCUUGGGUCUUUGCCUGCCCAGCUACCUUCUGGGCUGAAGAAACUGGAGUUGAGAAAUUGCAAGAGUCUUGGGUCUUUGCCUGUCGAGCUACCUUCUGGGCUGGAGUACCUGGACUUGAGCGGUUGUGAGAGUCUUGGGUCUUUGCCUGCCCAGCUACCUUCUGGGCUGAAGAAACUGGAGUUGAGAAAAUGCAAGAGUCUUGGGUCUUUGCCUGUCGAGCUACCUUCUGGGCUGGAGUACCUGGACUUGAGCGAUUGUGAGAGUCUUGGGUCUUUGCCUGUCGAGCUACCUUCUGGGCUGAAGACACUGCAGUUGAGAAGUUGCAAGAGUCUUGGGUCUUUACCGAAGCUGCCAUGGCUUCUGGGACUGUUUGAUGCACAUGGUUGCACGUCACUAGAGACGGUCUCAAGUCCGAUGAGAACUGCACCCAUACAAGGUAGGGAUCAAUAUGUCAACCAUUCUGAAAAAUUCGAGGAACUUUUAUUUAUGAAUUGCGUGAAAUUGGAUCAGAGUGCACAGAGCAACAUAAUGGCUGAUGCACAGCUUAGAGUUAUGCGAAUUGCAACUGCAUCACGUCUCCUCAAUAAACCCAGUACGAUUAAUAUUGUUUGUCCGGGAAAUGAAAUUCCAAAGUGGAUGAGGUAUCAAAGUGAGGGAUGUUCGAUAAAUAUCAAGCUUCCUCCUCAUUGGUUUCGUCUAGGCUUCCUCGGUUACGCUCUAUGCAUUGUGGUUGCUUUCAACAACUAUACGCCACCCGAUAUUGACAAUUAUUCCUACUUUGGUUGUGAAACCCAUCACAAAACUAACAAUAGUCACGAAGUUUGUUGGGAAGCCCUCCGUAUAAGCCUACCAGCUAUUCUCAUCAAUUCAGAUCAUGUGUUCGUGUGGUAUUUCUGCCCUAAAUUUGUUCGAUUAGAAAGUGCAAUCAAUCGUCAGGAUUGGGUAAAAGCAUCCGAGGCCUCUUUUGACUUCAAGUUGUACCAAAAUAUUAUUCAGACCCCAAAAGAAGGAAAUCUCUUUGACCCCUCCACUGUGAGGGUGAAAAGGUGUGGAGUCUCCUUGUUGUAUGCCCAAGAGAUUGAAAAAUUACUUGGAGGCAUUGAUGAAGAUGAAGUUAUGGAACCAAAACAAACAGUAGAAGAAGAAGAUAUCAUCAUCAAAACUAAGAGACAACGGGACGAGUCUGAACUCAGUGGAAGUGGAACUGCAAGCUUCAAAGAAGAAUAUAACGACCAACUACGUCCCCAGAGUAGUAAAAGGAAAAUCAACAUCAUGUGAAAUGUUCACGUUCAUAUGCCAUUUUAUGUGUCACAAGCGACAGGCUUGAGAUCGUUGGAAGGAAUCAAAGCCGACUCACCGGAAAGGUGUUUGACGUAACACCUGAGGUAACGGAGUUAAGGAGAAAUAAGAGUGAGGAGGCCAGCUGUAAAGUCUGACUCUGGCUCUGCUGCGAGCCUGCGACUUUGACAAGGGUGCCAACUUAAUCCCAUUCCAGAAGUACACUGGGAUCAAAUUGCCAAGCACCAAACAAUCCUGGUUUAACACAAGUCUGAACCUCAAGGAAUGUGAGAUGUUGUGUAUGAAGAACUGCUCCUGUACAGCUUAUGCAAAUUCUAAUAUCAGGGAAGGAAGAAGUGGGCGCUUGCUGUGGUUAGGUGAUCUGAUUGACUUAAGAAAUUUAGCUGAGAAAGAGAAUGGACAAGAUAUCCAUAUAAGAUUAGCUGCAUCAGAGCAAGAUAAUGAAGAGACUAAUACCAGAAUCAAUGCUAAACCUGCUAAAUCCAAUGUGAAGAAAGUGAGAAUUGUAGCUAGCACUCUUGUUUUAUCUACUGGGCGUAGCUCUGCUCUUUUAUGUUUGGAAGAAAGAUGCAGGAAAACUGAGCCGCAGCCACAAAGAAAAUCUGGAAUUACCAUUGUUUGACUUGGUUACUGUUGUUAAUGUAAUAAACUAGGAGAAGGUGGCUUCGGAUCUGUCUUUAAGGGUAUGAUGGAAGAUGGACAAGAUAUAGCAGUGAAAAGGCUCGCAAGAGACUCUAUGCAAGGAAUUAAUGAGUUCAAAAAUGAAGUUGUACAUAUUGCCAAACUUCAGCACAGGAAUCUAGCGAAGCUUCUAAGGUGCUGCUUUCAAUAAGAUGAAAUGAUGCUCAUCUACAAAUGCAUUCCCAACAAAAGUGGUUACGUGUCCCCAGAAUACACAAUUGAUGGGUUCUACUCGAUAAAAUCCAAUGUCUACAGCUAUGGAGUUUUGGUAUUAGAGAUAGAGAGUGGGAAGAGAAACUGAGGAUUCUCACAUCCAGGCCAAAAUCGCAACCUUUUUGGACAUGUGAGCUACAACUGUCAACUUGAAAGAAAUGUAUUGCUGCUUGAUUCUUCUUCUUCUUCUUCUAUAGAUUCAGUAAAAGUGAAUGUUUUCUUCUUUCAAGCAUGGAAGCUGUUCAUAGAAGGCAGGUCCAUCGAACUUCUUGAUCCAUCAGUAGAGGACUCUAGCACUCUACAUGAAGUUGUGCGACCAAUUCAUGUAGGUCUUUUAUGUGUGCAACAAAAACCACAAGAUAGGCCGAGUAUGCCAGCUGCUGUUCUAAUAUUGAGUGGUGAAGGUGCAUUGCCUCAACCUCAGAAGCUUGGAAUCUGACAGAACUUGAAGAUUCUACAGAUGAGGCUACAGAAUGUUCAGCUAAUGAACUCACUGUUACACUAGUGAGGGCUCAAUGAAUGUUGAUAUCAUGUUGAGUAUUCUCUGACCUUCAUCCCCUUGCUUUCCUCUGAUAUGAAUUGGGGCUCAUUUGAAAGAUGAGUUACAAGCACAAACUUUUGUUAACACUUUAGGCCUAGUUAAUUAUCAACUUCUCAUUGGCACCAAUUUGAGUCUGAAUUAACCAAUGGGUUGAACCAGCCAACUCUUAGUAAAUGACUCUGUAAAACUGUAUAUGGAUGCCUAACCAGCCAUUUCAAUUGAAACUUCGACUGCUACUCUUAUAU